GGAACCAUGGAAAUCCGAGUCAACGCCGCACCUCCUCCGCCUAAAAGCCGCGGAACGUCAACUCGACCCAAUUCAACCUCUUUCUGAACUCCUUCCUGUUUUUGUUCCACAUUCCGACUAUUUGACAUUCCCACCACUAGCAAAGUCGCAGGCCAGGGGCAGACUUCAAAUGUAUCCACUCGAGGGGAAUACAAUUUAAUUUGAAUGAAGCCAUUUAAUUUGCUGACUCAAUAUUUCUAUGUGGCUACUCUAAUUUCGACAAGCUCAAGCCCGAGUGCACAGUGCAAUUGCACAGUCGAUCGAAAAAUAUAUCAACGAUAUUGUUGACUAGAACCAAUAUGGCGGCUGCAAACCUGUGUGCGGUCCACUUGUGGAAAGUGGAGAUAUGCACUUGGUAUUUUUAUUUAUGUGGUGAAAGUGUCAAAGAGCGUUAGUACGCACGUAAAUUGAGAAAAAUCUUGAAAAAAAUAUCAAAACUCGGUGAAGUCGAGAUAUUCGCUGCGCGGGAAUUGAUCUACUCUUGCCGCUUAUUGGAGACUUGGUGGCAAUCCACGGCUGUCGUGAAAUUUUUUAAGCGACCCCGGUGCACAGUGUAAAUAAUUAGGUCGUGGCAAUUUCAUCAUAAGAAUUGACUCUGAGCUAGGAUGCGGCCUGCGCGCGGCAGACCGGCUGGCGCACCGCCCAAGCGAGCGUGUGUCGUUCGCCUCGAAAAGGUGCAGCAGACACAGCAACCCUCCCGUCAAGAAGAAGCCACGGAAGACGAUCGGAAGAAGAUGACGGGCCCCUUGAAGAAACGUCCGGUGGUGAUGAAGAAAAGCCCUGCUUCGACGUCUGCGGGGAGGCAGACACGGCGUCGAGGGGGCGGCGAAGAUCUGUCCGAAUAUAUGCUGGUGACUGCACGAGCGAAACGUACUCCCAAACCUAAUCCGAAAUACAGUAAUGAGGACAUUAUAACUCCCCGAACGCGCACGAAAGAAGCUGCAGAAGAGUCGGAAGGCGACGACGACGAUGCCUACCAGUCGAGCGAGGUAGAAGAGCCGCAGGAAGAAAGUUCAGAAGAGGAAUUCGAGCCUACGAAACCGGUGACAAGAGGAGUUGUCCGGCUUGCGAACGGCGAAGUGGUUAAACGGGGCCCCGGACGUCCUCCGAAAAACAGGCCCGAAAUUUCGACCCCGAAACCAUCUCAAAAGCGAAGAUUGGAGACCGAACCUGGAAGCAAAGAACUCGAAUCCAUCCUUGCCCAAAAUAAGCGCCUGAACAUCGAGCUCUAUGAUGCGAGCGACUCUGAUAUUUCCAUUGUAGCGCCAACACCGAGGAGAAUGGCUCGAAACUCCACAUCAGUACAAUCCCAAAGACCCAUUUCGCGACUAGCUUUAAAAACCCAUCAAUCGCAAAAGGAACAACCAAAACGGUUUCUGGACAGGCGGCGCGUGCAACCGCAGUCGCAGCAACGACGCCGUGUCAGCUCAGAAGAGGAUGAGGACGACCCCGACGAGUAUGAGACCACGGGUGCCGCGUCGACCGUAGACGACUUCGAAACAAUGCCCACGUUCACGAUCGUGAACAUAAACGAUAUAAUAAACAAGAAGGGAGACGUGAUGAUCGAGCAGACAAACCGAGUGAACAAUAAUGUUUCGGCGAGCAAUAACAACAAUCAAUCGGCGUCCGGCCGAAACGAAGAAACGCGCAUAUCUCCGACCCAGGCGUCUCGCAAUCGACGCAAGUCCAUGCACACGACCAUCCUAUCAGACAAAAUAGACCCCGACAAGCUGAAAAACCCGCCACCUCGGUCACCGUUUCCGCCUCGAAAGCCCAUCUCGCCGCACAACACCCUAAAUCAUGGUCUGUCCAAAUCACUCCUGAAUAACAACCAGUCGUUUGGCUCUGCACCUCGCAUACUGAACAACGUGCUGUGCCGGAGAACGAAAGCGCUCCAAGCGAAGCAAGAACAGUUGCAGGAGCAAAAACAACAGCAGCAGUCACAUGCCCAUAAAACGACAGAAUCUAGAUCGGAGCAUCCAAUUCAAUCCAAAGAGAAUCAUCUCAGCAAUUUCCGAUCGGCGACAAGUACGAGUGGGCCACAAACACUUCCCACGACAGCCCAACGAAAGCUGCCAAACUCAAAAGUGGUGGUACAGCGUCAGGGAAAUAAAAUCAUCAAAAAAAUCACCUGCUUCGAAACGUGGUACGUGAUAAACAUCCCAAAUGUCGAAACGCAGGCACCCAAGCACCACUUAGACAUGUCCCUUAUGCACUUGGCAAAUACUGCCAAGGGAAUUAUCCUCCCCUCCGCGGAGUGGAACUACAAAGUCAAUUUGCAGAAAGUCAGCCCCACUCAACUGUCGAAAAUGGACGAAGUUUUCACGGGGGAAGUGCAAGAUGCAAAUAUUAGUGAGUCGGAGAAGCAUAAUUACAUGCCGGUUAGCGUUAUGUUCAGGCGCGCGAGUAACAAUCAAAAGCUGCGAAUGCCAUUCGAUCGGGCGGUGAUAUUCAAAAACGAGAGCUACUACACAAAUAUUGAAGGGAAGAACGUGCGCCUGGUGGGGUCGCCCCAGAAGGUCAGUUCCAACGAAGACAUCGAAGUUCUGCUACAAAUCAUGGAUGAAAUGACCCUAGUAAAUUCGUUAGUGGAGCAGGUCACGUAUGUACUGUAGAAGCGGCAUACGUGUUAGGUGUUAAGGAUUUAAUUUGAGGUGCGUUUGAGUGAGGGGUGCACAUUUGACAAUGGAAGUGUGGGCGAUUCAUCGUGAUCUAAGAUCAUAACUUUUGAAAUGACUCGAACAAUGUGACUAAGCUCUUUGCUGCGAAUAGAUUAGAGAAUAUUCACGCGACUCCUGCGUUGGAUUGACUUUGGGCACUUCCAUUCAUACGAAAACGAAUGGAAAUCCAUUUCCAUUGCAAAACUGAAUUUGGGUCUACCUCCUCACCGUCGUUCACCCUUCGAACAGUUUCUACGACAUGGGCGUAGCGAAAGCGACUACCUUAUUUCCUAGUUGGUUAUGUUUUAUUAUUUUCUUGAGUAUGUAACAUAGAUUUUUGGAAGAGAUACACACAUCAUGUAGCCUCUCUCCUACUCCCAUACCCUCAUACAAAGCAAAAGUUCUUCAAUUCAACAAUGGAAAAAGUAGUAACACGGAAAAAUCACAGAAAUUAUAUAAACUACGUUUUAAUAGCUUGUAAUACAAUUAAUUAAAAUUAUUAUAAGGCGAAUAAAAGGAAUAUAUAAUAAAUUUAUUAUCGAUGA